AUGCCUCGUAUUUGGCUCAUCACCGGCUGUUCAUCAGGCUUUGGUCGACAUUUAGCCAUCAAAGCAGCCCAGAAGAAGGACAUCGUUAAAAUUGAUGUGACAGCCAACGAUACAGAAAUCAAGACAAUAAUCGACGAUGUGCUGUCCACGGCUCGGCCAAUCGACAUCCUUGUGAACAACGCAGGUUAUAUCUUAGAAAAAGCAGUGGAGGAGGUUAGUCACCAAGAAAUCGUCGACCAGUUCGACGUGAACGUCUUCUCGCAGAUCCGUGUCCUCCAAGCAGUUCUACCCUCCAUGCGCGCCCGAACAUCAGGGCUAGUCGCCAAUCUAGGAUCCUUUGGAGGCUGGAGUGGAGUUCCCGCCGCUGGACUGUACUGCGUCAUUAAAGCUGCUAUUGCUCUUUAUACCGAGACCCUGCGGAGCGAAAUGAGUCCUUUUAACAUCGAGGUUACCUGUAUUGAACCUGGCCAUUUCCGAACCAAUUUCCUCACUGGAAACCACAAAGUCACUGCUAAGAAACGGAUUCCCGAGCUGGACUGCGCCAUUCAAUCUUCCCGUGAUGUCUUUUCUGCCUAUAGUCUACACCAGCCUGGUGAUCCGGUCAAGGGUGCUCAGGUUCUUUUUGAAGAUCUUACCAAGACUGGACCUUGUGGAGGGACGGAGUAUUCCUGGAAGAUUGGCUCUAGGUAG